UUGGGACCGUCUAGUGAGGGGUUCCUGAAGUCAUCCUGAUAUGGCCGCUUGCUAGGACUUUUGACUAGUGAUAUUUCUUGGAUGGAGAGUAGUAUAUCUUCGCUGUUGGAAAGCAUGGAUCUUGUCUCCUAUGGUAGUGUUCUCCCCCUUUCGUGGUCUAUGUCAGCCCCAAAAACAGGCGUACAGCCGCUGUUAUUGAUGACCGUGUAAAGGCGAUGCUCGCUAUAUAUGCGUGCGAACCCGCCGUUAUUUACAUCUCUCCGUCAGACCGCGUUAUAACUCUUCACAUAGACAACCUUCGGACAAUACUCUAUCACCUUGAUGCGAGAACUACCACUGGAAGUGCUCGAAAGCGUUCUCGAGAAGGUCUACUACGACGCGAGAUGCAACCCGGAUCUCUCAACUUUACUUGCAUGCAGUCUGGUCUGCAGAUUUUGGGCAGAACCAUCGCACCGACUGCUCCUCCACUCUGUAGAACUCCGGUCCAUGAAGAGAGCCGCCCACUUCUUUCGUUCCAUCGAUCCUUCCACUGUUGCCGGCGGCCAUCUAGGCGCAUUCUCAACAUGUCCACUGGAUCCUCAAGUGCAGGAACGAACAUCGCGCCGAUCCGCCUAUUCAUUCAUAUCCUAUCUUCCUGUACCAGACUCUACGGGCUAGUAUUGGACGCGUAUGGCAUUCACGGUUUCGACCCGGAAGACCUAGCCAAGCUGCAACGUCAUGAUCUCAGUCCGAUCCGGGCAUUGCGCCUGACGGGCUACAGCGAGUCCCGCGUCUUGUAUCAACUUCUCGAGAUCUGGCCUACCAUCCAGUUUCUUUGCAUCGAUUUCGAGCUGAACGCUGAUCCACCUGCGCAUGCUACACGCGUCAAACUCUACGAGCUAUCGCUACUCGGUGGGCUUUCCGUCAAGGUUAUGACUUGGCUGUUGUCCUCCUCAGAGCUCUCGCUGCAGAUCUUCGAGUUGCGUUAUCAUUUUGGCAAUGAUCACGCAAGAGUGCUUGCAAAGCAUGGGCCGCAUAUCCGCUCCCUGCGUGUGCUGUCCCCUACCUCGGAAGUCCAGUCAUUGGUCGAGAACUGUCCCAACCUGGAAGAGCUUAUCGUCACGCAGGCGGCCCUUGUUCAAGAACCCACGCGCAGACUAGCGAACAUUCUCUCCUCGACCUCGCAGUCGCUCGAACACCUCGGUGUCUGGGUUGGGGCUUUCGAGGAUUACUUCUGGAACCUAAAUUAUGCUGUCAAUCACCUGCAGAGACUGCGCGUGCUGUCCUAUUACGCACCUGAUGGCGAACUUGAAAAUCACAGCAGAUAUUCUGAGAUUCAAAGCAAAUGCGAGGAAAAAAAGAUCGACUUGCGACUCCUCAAGAUCAUGACCUGGAAAAGGAUGGAAGACCCUGUUCCGGUGGCCCUCUUUCCUCGCGGCAUCUCCAUUUCUCACUUCCGUUUCAUGAAUUGAGCGGUCAUCCUGAAGGAGUAUUGCAGGGUCAAAUCUGUCACAAUGUCCGGCAUGCAUGUCUUACUUUGAUGCAUAUUCCCUUCGACUCCAUCUCACCUUACGAG